UCUUCUUCUUCUACUACCUUUCCCAUUUCUCUGAUAAGAAAGAAGGAAUCAAAGAUGAAGAACGACAACCUUUGCGAGCUUUGCAAAGAAGAAGCCUCCGUUUACUGCUCGGCAGACUUUGCUUUUCUUUGUUGGAACUGCAAUUACAAGGUUCACCGGGCUAACUUCCUCGUGGCUCGUCAUGUUCGUCGGGUUCUCUGUGAAAAAUGUGACGAUUUUUGUUCUUGUGAAAAACCCAACGACACAAUGCCCUGUUCUUCUGAUUGUUUGUCCACCAGUGAAUCUUCUACCAACGAUUCUAAACCCCAAAGGGUUUGCGUAAAAUCAAGAUUAUCGGCCGGUUCGCAGUCGGAGGUUUCGGAUGAUAUGGAGCGCGUUUUGAUGGUUUGGUGCAAGAAGCUGGGUUUGAAACGACAUUCUGUGAUGCCUACGGCGGCGGCCGUGUUGCGGUUUUGUUUAGAGCGAUUGAAGGGGCUGCCGUUUAGGCUGAGCUUAGCGGCUGCGAUUUGGUUGGGGAUGAAGAUAACCCAGGAAACAUCGGUGGCGUCGUGGCGGAACUUGUGGAGGAUUGAGGAGCUGUCGGGUGUGCCGGCGAAGGUGAUCGUGGCGGUGGAACCAAGGCUAACACGUGCGAUGGGGUUUAGGAAGAGAAUCGAACAGGACUUGGAAGAAGGAUGGGAUGAAUGCAAUGUUUGA